GUGAACUGUUGCUCUUGGUGUUUUUUUUCGCUCAGCUUCUAGGUUCUUGUUUGAGUAUCGCCAUCAACAAUUGACUUACACGCACCUAUAUACAACGUCAACAACACCAAACCAUCACCACAACCGCAACAAUGAACUUCCAGCUCCUCUCCCUCCUCCUCCUCCCCUCCGCCCUCGCCCAAACAGCCCCAAACCCCAUCCUCACCGCCCUCGGCACAAUCACCAGCGACACCACCAGCCUCAACACCACCGUCGCAACUUUCAACGGCGACCCCCUCGCCCUCAUCAAAAUCACCGUCCAGUCGGCCCAGCUCCUCUCCGACAUCAACAAGGGCACCGACACCGCCAACAAGGCCGCCAACCUGACGCUCGACCAGACGCUCGCCAUCGCCACGGCCACGCUGGCCCUCGCCACGGACGUCAACCAGACCAUUACGACAAUCAUCAACACCAAGCCCAAGUUUGACAAGCUGCUGGUGGUGGACCCCGUGAUCCUGCUCAACCUCAAGCUGGAGCAGGACGCGACGCGCAAGUUUAGCGCGGCGGUGGUGGCCAAAGUGCCCGAGGCGCUGCAGUCGGUCGCGCAGGGCUUGACGCAGGGCAUUGACGAUAGCUUCUCGGAGGGGAUUGCGGUGUAUGAGCAGUUCUUGUAGGGCUGCUGGUCGGUUACUAAUGAUGACGAUGAUGUCUAUGAUGACGAUGCUGGAUAUGUUGGCAUGUCAGUACAUAUAUAUGAGU